AUGAGGCUGGCAAAAGCCAGUGCCCUUGUGCUUCAUGAUAGCAAGGGACAGAAAGCAGGACCCAGACACCCUUCUAGUGAGAUCACUGCAGCCAGAGCUACAUCCAAUAAAACCUCUGCUUGGACCAGCACAUCUUCCGGCCAUACAUCCACCUCAGUCGCCAGUGGGGUCAACCCAACCCCCAACACUGCAUCCUCCUCAGUCUCCAGUGAGGUCAACACAACCCCCAACACUGCAUCCACCUCAGUCUCCAGUGGGUUCAACACAACCCCCAACACUGCAUCCUCCUCAGUCUCCAGUGGGGUCAACACAACCCCCAACACUGCAUCCACCUCAGUCUCCAGUGGGGUCAACACAACCCCCAACACUGCAUCCACCUCAGUCUCCAGUGGGGUCAACACAACCCCCAACACUGCAUCCACCUCAGUCUCCAGUGGGGUCAACACAACCCCCAACACUGCAUCCACCUCAGUCUCCAGUGGGGUCAAUACAACCCCCAACACUGCAUCCACCUCAGUCUCCAGUGAGGUCAACACAACCCCCAACACUGCAUCCACCUCAGUCGCCAGGGGGGUCAACACAACCCCCAACACUGCAUCCACCUCAGUCUCCAGUGGGGUCAACACAACCCCCAACACUGCAUCCACCUCAGUCUCCAGUGGGGUCAACACAACCCCCAACACUGCAUCCUCUUCAGUCAGCAGUGGGGUCAACACAAUCCCCAACACUGCAUCCACCUCAGUCGCCAGUGGGGUCAACACAACCCCCAACACUGCAUCCACCUCGGUCUCCAGUGGGGUCACCCCAACCCCCAACACUGCAUCCUCCUCAGUCUCCAGUGAGGUCAACACAACCCCCAACACUGCAUCCACCUCAGUCUCCAGUGGGGUCAACACAACACCCAACACUGCAUCCACCUCUGUCUCCAGUGGGGUCAACACAACCCCCAACACUGCAUCCACCUCAGUCUCCAGUGGGGUCAACACAACCCCCAACACUGCAUCCACCUCAGUCUCCAGUGGGGUCAACACAACACCCAACACUGCAUCCACCUCAGUCUCCAGUGGGGUCAACACAACCCCCAACACUGCAUCCACCUCAGUCUCCAGUGGGGUCAACACAACCCCCAACACUGCAUCCACCUCAGUCUCCAGUGAGGUCAACACAACCCCCAACACUGCAUCCACCUCAGUCUCCAGUGGGGUCAACACAACCCCCAACACUGCAUCCACCUCAGUCUCCAGUGGGGUCAACACAACCCCCAACACUGCAUCCACCUCAGUCUCCAGUGGGGUCAACACAACCCCCAACACUGCAUCCUCUUCAGUCACCAGUGGGGUCAACACAAUCCCCAACACUGCAUCCACCUCAGUCGCCAGUGGGGUCAACACAACCCCCAUCACUGCAUCCACCUCGGUCUCCAGUGGGGUCACCACAACCCCCAACACUGCAUCCACCUCAGUCUCCAGUGAGGUCAACACAACCCCCAACACUGCAUCCACCUCAGUCUCCAGUGAGGUCAACACAACACCCAACACUGCAUCCACUUUGGUCUCCAGUGGGGUCAACACAACCCCCAACACUGCAUCCACCUCAGUCUCCAGUGGGGUCAACCCAACCCCCAACACUGCAUCCUCCUCAGUCUCCAGUGAGGUCAACACAACCCCCAACACUGCAUCCACCUCAGUCUCCAGUGGGGUCAACACAACCCCCAACACUGCAUCCACCUCAGUCUCCAGUGGGGUCAACACAACCCCCAACACUGCAUCCACCUCAGUCUCCAGUGGGGUCAACACAACCCCCAACACUGCAUCCACCUCAGUCGCCAGUGGGGUCAACACAACCCCCAACACUGCAUCCACCUCAGUCUCCAGUGGGGUCAACACAACCCCCAACACUGCAUCCACCUCAGUCUCCAGUGGGGUCAACACAACCCCCAACACUGCAUCCACCUCAGUCUCCAGUGGGGUCAACACAACCCCCAACACUGCAUCCACCUCAGUCUCCAGUGGGGUCAACACAACCCCCAACACUGCAUCCACCUCAGUCUCCAGUGGGGUCAACACAACCCCCAACACUGCAUCCACCUCAGUCUCCAGUGGGGUCAACACAACCCCCAACACUGCAUCCUCUUCAGUCACCAGUGGGGUCAACACAACCCCCAACUCUACUUCUACCCUGAACACCAGCGACACCAGCAUAACCUCCAGCACACCUGCUUCUCCUGAAACACACACAGUCUCCAAUGGAACUGGAACAAGUGUUGCUCCUCCAGGCACUAACACGAAGCCAAGCGGGUUCCUGAAGGGGUGGGAAAUCGCCCUCAUCACCUUGGCCUCCAUUGUCAUAGCCUUCGUUCUCUUUGCUGGACUCUUCUUUUAUGUGAGAAACUACCAGGCCCUAAGAAAUGCCUUUGACACAGCUCUCUACUGGCCCCAUGGCCCUCACCUUAGCCCAGGUCCCAGAGGGAAUCAUGGGGAACCCCACAGGACUCUGGGGAGCCCCAGUUGGUCCUGGAGGAGACCAAAAGUCUCAGGGGCCAUGGAAAUGAGCAGGAGAUAG